ACAUUUUAAAGCGUUCAAAAUACAGGUAUUUGGAUCUUUCACUGGCUCUAAGUUUAGUAUGUUGUUCCAGUGCUUCAUACCCAAAAGAAUCCACUUCAUAGACAGGUGAUCGUAUAACAGGAUCAUCGGCAUUGAAAUUUUGGAUACUGUUAGUACCAUUCUGCUUUAGAAGAAUGGCUGUUGGAACACGUGAAUGAUAUUGAUUGAGCUUGAGAGUAGCGAUUUCAUCUUUAGCAAUAUUUGUUGUAUAUGCAAGAGAGCAAAACGUUGUUCCGAAAUCUAUCGCUGCUACAUUUCCUGUUGUUUGCCUAAACCGACCAGCCUGUUGCCCAUAUUUUUGCGCUAGGGAAUCUUUCUUUAUCCUAUCAGCUUUUUGUAUUCCUGAUGGUGCACCACUUGCAGCUAGCAGAGGUAAAAGACCAAGGCCACCAGGGGAACCACUUAAAGCAAGUAGUAGCGGAAGAGAUAACGGUAGGGGCAAUGGCAAAGAAUCGUCAUCAUUCUCGGCUCCAGGUUGUGUGCUAGAAAGAGCUCCAUCUUCGCCACUCAUUGAGUCACUCAUAUUUUUGUUUCUAUGAUAGUCUAACUCGACUACCUAAAUUACGAACUGAAACGGCUAACGAUAAAAACAAAAUCAAUAGCUAGCCUAGACACUACGAAUUCACGUGAGCUACGGGCCCCACGCACUGAGCUCAGCAACUUUUGUUUUCAUCUCUGGUUCAGUCAACACUCCUGACUAGGCUAUAGAUGGGCAAUAAUUUAUUUGGAGCUGCUGUUCCUGGAAGAUAUGGCGAUGAACAAGAGUCCGCUGGAAUCCGAGGAGGCCCCAGUGAAGCUGCAGUGGCUACAUCCGUCAGCCAUAAGUCAACUUAUGAGUUUAAACAAUUUGUUGUAAAUGAAUUCUUCAAAUCCAGCAAUGCAAUUGGAGAUAAGUUCACUGAAUUCAUGAAUUUGAGGGACAUUGAAUUCGCUAAACUAGAAGAGGAAGUAAAGAAGUUAAGACACCUCGAGGAAGAAAAUAAGCAAGCAAAAGACAAUAGCGAGGAUGUUAUAGUGAGAUUAAGUUGUGAGCUUCAGUCAAGAAAACAACUUAUUGAGGAACAGGCAAAGAAGUUAGAAUCCUAUGAAAAAAAUGAGAUUGCAUUAAAAAAGUACUUUUAUUAUUUUAUUUUUUGUAAUGAUGCAAACUAAAUCAGAGAAUUAGAAGCUAAAAAUGAAGAAAUUUUGAAGCUAAAUAAGUUGAUAGAUCCAAUGAGACAAUUAAGGAGAAGAGGUCACUGCAUUCAGUCUGGAGAUACUACACAUGAAGAUGUUGCAAGAGAUUAUAUGCAGCUUUUUGUUCAAAGAAAUUCAUUAGAAUCAAUAAGAAAGAAGGAAGCUGGACAAAGAGCCUCUGAAUUAAAAAAAAUACUUGAGAUUGCAUAUAGUGCUUGUAAAAAUCAUGUCAUAGAAAUAGCUAAAAAUGAGCUUGCAAUGCUUUUCAAACCUCCUGUGCGUGUGUUGACUGAACUGGAAAGAAAAAAUGAAGAUAUUUACCUCCCAUGGCAGUCUCGCCAAGAGGCACUGUCGCUUCUUCUGUCAAAUUCAAAAAUUCGGAACCAGUGUGUACCAGAUGACUUGACUGAUGAGGUUAUUAAAGAACUUUCAAAACAGUGUGAGUACCAUAGUGCUGGUAUGCACACUGUUCUGAAACAGGUGGCUGAACUGACUUGGAAAAUGGUGAACCUUUCUCCUCCAGUUUCUCUUGGCUAUUUGCCUUUUUCUGAGGAUUUAGAUCUAUAUGAUGUUACUGAUGUAAAAGAUUUGUUAGGUGCUGAAGAAAAGUACAAAGUUGAAUACAGACGACCAAUAUUAUUUUUUGGUUCAAGUGGCAUUGUUGGAUCUAAAGGAAGCAUUGCAAUAUAUCCAUUUCAGGCAGAGCAUUCUAAGCUGGAUGGAGCAGGCAUGCUUCCUGAUGAUAAAAUUACUUCAGAUAAUACUCCUACAUUUGAUCUCAGUGAAAAUAAAGAGAAAAAUGAAAGUGAAGUGAAAAAUGAGGAAAGAACACAUUUAUGUGGCUCUAGCAAGGUAUUACAAGAAAGUGUUCAAUUUCAAAGUGGAGCGAACCAGAUGGAUACUGGUUCAAAGCCAAAAAAGAGAAAAAAGAAGAAAAAAAAAUCAAGAGAGAAACCGGAAAGUCAUACUGAGCGAGAUGGCCUGAAAUCAGACUGUGAAAGCAACAAUAGUGAUAAUGAAUUAGAUCAAGUAGAUUGAAUGAUUGAUAGCUACAUUAUAGAAUAGCUAAUAUCAUAGAUAGUCGCUAGUCGCUAAUAUUUUGAAACUUAACCUACUGUUUUUUUUUCAU